AUGCACAAGGAGCACAGUAUUUGGCAAGGGGCUCAUUUGGCACCUUGGAAAGAUGAAACCACCUCUAACUGGUACAAAACGAUCUCCCAGAGUCCAGCAGAUGCUCUAAUUGAGGCUGAUGCUUGUGGGCAUAUCUACUCAUCGACCGAUCUACACUUCUCGCUCAAACCAUUUGCCAGAGUGUAG